UGAGCUUUCUUCCAUAAAAGUCUCACCAUGUCUGGCAGAGCCCCAUUCACCUUCACUAUGAGGGGAAUCAUACUUGCACUAGUGCUCACCCUUGUAGGUAGUCAGAAGUUUGACAUUGAUCCUGGAUUCAGUAGCAGAAAGAGCUACCUGUACAGUUAUGAAGGCUGGGUGUUGAAUGGGCUUCAAGAAAAGAAUUUAGCCAAAGCUGGUGUGCGCCUGAGCAGCAAACUAGAGAUCAGUGGGCUGUCGGAGAACAUCUACCUCCUCAAGAUCCGCUCCCCACAACUUGAGGAAUACAAUGGCAUUUGGCCCAGGGACCCAUUCACUCGAUCUUCCAAAAUCACCCAGAUGGUUUCCUCAUGCCUUACCCGGCCCUUCAAGUUUGAAUACAACAGUGGACGGGUUGGAAACAUUUAUGGCCCAGAAAACUGCCCUGAUACUUGCAUUAACAUUGUGAGAGGAAUACUGAAUAUGAUACAGAUAACCAUUAAGAAGUCACAGAAUGUGUAUGAAUUGCAAGAGGCUGGGAUUGGAGGUGUUUGCCAUACACGGUAUGUCAUCCAGGAAGACAAGAAGAACAGCCGAGUCUCCGUGACCAAAACUGUAGACCAAAAUAAUUGCCAGGAAAAAGUGGUGAAGAGUCUUGGGAUGGCUUACAUCUAUCCCUGCCCUGUUGACAUGAAGAAAGAAAGGAUCAUCAAAGGGACUGUGGCUUUCUCCUACAAGCUGAAGCAGUCAGACAGUGGCACCCUGAUCACAGAGGUGGUGUCUCAGCAGGUGUACCAGAUCUCACCCUUCAGUGAACCCACCGGCGUCGCUGUCACGGAAGCAAAACAACAACUCACCUUGCUCGAGGUCAGGAGUGAACGGGGGAGCUCCCCAGACAUCUCUGUGCAGAGCUAUGGAGGCCUUCGAUACCAGUUCCCAGCAGUACUGCCACAGAUGUCAGUGCAGCUCAUCAAGACAAAAAACCCUGAGCAACGGGUAAUUGAAACACUGCAACACAUAGUUCUGAAUAACCAACAGGAUUUCCAUGAUGAUCUUCCAUACCGUUUCCUGGAGCUCGUCCAGCUCUGCCGCACAGCAAGCUCUGACACCCUUGAAUCCAUCUGGAGACAAUGUUCAGAUAAACCCCGCUACAGGCGAUGGCUGCUGAGUGCAGUCUCUGCGACAGGCACCACAGAAGCACUCAAAUUCCUCAAGAGCAGAAUCCGAAGUGAUGACCUUAGCUACCUUCAGACUCUUCUAAGUGUUCCCUUUGCUCUCCAUUUAACAAAGGCUGAUGAACACACUGUUUCAAUAGCAGCAGAUUUAGUGACAAGUUCUCGAAUCCAGAAAAAUCCUGUGCUUCAACAACUUGCCAGCUUGGGAUACAGUUCUGUGGUGAAUAGAUACUGUUCCCAAACCUCAGCUUGUCCUAAAGAAGCUCUGCAGCCCAUCCAUGACCUGGCAGAUGAAGCAAUCAGCAGGGGCCGUGAGGACAAAAUGAAAUUAGCUCUGAAGUGCAUUGGCAACGUGGGAGAACCAGCCAGCAUCAAGCGCAUCCUGAAGUUCCUGCCCAUAUUUUCAUCCAGUGCUUCUGAUAUCCCCAUCCACAUUCAGAUUGAUGCCGUAAUGGCCUUGAGAAAAAUAGCUUGGAAGGACCGCAAAACAGUGCAGGGAUAUCUCAUCCAGAUCCUCGCUGACGAGUCGCUUUCCCCCGAACUGCGGAUGAUAGCUUGUGCUGUUAUCUUUGAGACAAGGCCUGCCCUUCCCUUAAUAACAACCAUUGCCAAUGUGGCCAUGAAGGAGAGCAAUUUGCAAGUGGCCAGUUUUGUGUAUUCCCACAUGAAGGCUUUGUCCAAGAGCAGCUUGCCAUACACGUACAACAUAUCUUCAGCUUGCAAUAUUGCUCUUAAGCUGCUGGCUCCCAAACUGGACAGGCUGAGCUAUCGCUACAGCAAGGUCAUACGUGUUGGUGGUUACUUUGAUAACUAUAAAGUUGGUGCUGCUGGAGAUGUCUUUGUAAUCAACAGCCCAGGAACGAUGUUCCCAUCAGCAAUAAUUUCCAAGCUGAUGGCAUAUUCUGCAGGGUCUGUGGCUGAUUUGGUGGAGGCUGGUGUCCGUGUGGAAGGCCUCACAGAUGUCAUCAUGAAACGAAAUAUCCCGUUUGCUGAAUAUUCCACAUACAAAAAGAUAAAGGAGAUUGGAAAAGCGCUGCUGGGAUGGAAGGAGCUGCCAACAGAAACCCCUUUGAUAUCAGCCUACUUUAAACUCUUUGGCCAAGAGCUGGCCUAUGUCAACAUCAAUAAGGAAGUCCUACAACAGGCUGUGAAGGCUGUUGUAGAACCUGCUGACAGGAGCUCGGUGCUGAGGAGGCUGUGGGGCCAGUUGCGCAGUGGCAUUGCGGGCCAGUGGACACAGGCGGUGUGGCUGGGAGAGCUGCGCUACAUCGUCCCCACCUGCACCGGCCUGCCUCUGGAAUACAGCUCCUACAGCACUGCCCUGGCCCGCGCUGCGCUCAGCGUUGAUGGAAAGAUAACCCCACCUUUAUCUGGAGAUUUUAGACCUUCACAGUUGCUUGAAUCCACUGUGCAGAUUCGUUCUGACAUAAAGCCCAGCUUAUACAUACAGAAAUUUGCAACAAUGGGUGUCAACACGGAAUACUUCCAACAAGCCGUGGAAAUUCAAGGCAAGAUCCUGACAAGAGUGCCAAUCAAGUUUGAUGCCAAGAUAGACAUGAAGCUGAAAAAUAUUAAGAUUGAAACAAAUCCAUGCCACGAGGAAACUGAGAUAGUGGUUGGAAGACAUAAGGCUUUUGCUGUAUCAAGAAAUUUAGGAGAAUUAGGUGUUGAAAAGAGAACCUCAAUUCUCCCAGGAGAUGCUUCAUCAAAUAUUGUGGAAGAACCUUUCAAACCAUCAGAUAGAGCUUCCAGUGAGGAUUUCACAAAGCGAGAAGCUGACAGCACGUCAAGGAAACAUGCCUAUAGCUCUCAAGAGGAUCUUCGCCACGUCACAGGAAGGAAAACUCAUAAAAGAGACAUUUGCAUCAAGCUGCAUCAUCUUAGGUGUCAGCUCUGCUUUUCCAGAAGGUCACGAGAUGCCAGUUUCCUAAAAAAUACGUAUUUGCACAGGCUCAUCGGAGAACAUGAAGCUAAAAUAGUCUUGAUCCCAGUUGAAACAGAUGCUGAUAUUGACAAAAUUCAGCUGGAGAUACAGGCAGGAUCCAGAGCAGCUUCCAAAAUAAUUCAUGAAGUAAACACAGAGUCUGAGGAAGAGGGUGAAUCAUCUCUGUAUGAGGACAUUCAAGCUAAACUGAAGAAGAUCCUAGGCAUUGAAAAUGUGUUCAAGAUUGCAAAUAAAACACACCAGAAGAAGCGACCUCCAAAGAAAGAAAACGCUGUGCUUACAGAGCUUGGGGCAGACCCUGAUGUAAAACAUCCCUCCAGCUCAUCUGCCUCCUCAGCUGUCUCCUCUUCCUCAUCAUCUGCUGUUUCUCCUCGUCGUAAAGAGGCUGGUGAUGAAGAUGAGAAUGAUCAAGAAGAGCAAGCAAGAAACAAAGACGCAAGCAGCAAGAGCAGCAGCAGUAGUGGCAGAAGUAGCAAGAGCAGCAGCAGCAGUGACAGAAGUAGCAGCAGCAGCAGUAGGAGCAGCAGUAGGAGCAGCAGCAGUAGUAGCAGUAGCAGCAGCAGGAAGUCAUCAAGUCAUCACAGCCAUGGGCAUCACUCAAGAUAUGUGAAUGGCAGCAGCAGCAGUGAGUCACUGAGCCACCAGAGCCAUGAACAUCAUUCACGACAUCUGGAAGGUGGCAGCAGCAGCACAUAUUCCAAAAUAUGGGAAACUCCUGAGAUCUAUCAGUACCGCUUUAAAUCAGCACAUAGACAAGAGUUCCCAAAAAGAAAACUCCCAGAUGACCAAAUUAGAAGCUCGCAUUCCUCUGCCAGAUCCAGUCGUGCCUCAUCUCGAGCUUCAUGGCCGAAGUUUUUGGGAGAUGUUAAAACACCAGUAUUAGCUGUUUUUCUGCAUGGCAUCCGUGAUGACAAGAAGAUAGGAGGCCUCCAGCUCGUGGUAUAUGCUGAUAUUGACUCCAUCAGGCCCCGAAUGCAGGUAUUUGUGUCAAACCUCACAGAUUCAAGCAAGUGGAAGCUCUGUGCUGAUGCUUCAGUCCUCAAUGCUCACAAGGCAGCGGCUUACCUGAAAUGGGGACGGAAUUGCCAGGACUACAAGGUUUCAUCUGAGCUGGUAACUGGGCGGUUUGCUGCCCACCCUGCUGUACAAGUGAAACUGGAGUGGCCUAAGCUUCCUUCCAGGGUCAGAUCCAUAGCAGAAUGGUUUUACAAAUUUGUCCCUGGGGCUGCAUUUAUGCUGGGGUUCUCUGAAAAAAUGGACAAGAAUCCUUCUCGACAAGCCAGGGUGAUCGUGGCUCUAACUUCUCCAAGGACAUGUGAUGUUGUUAUCAAGCUUCCUGAUAUUACCCUCUAUGAAAAAGCCAUGAGGCUUCCCCUGUCACUUCCUGUAGGUCCAAGGAUACCAGCUUCAGAGCUGCAGCCUCCCAUCUGGAAUGUCUUUGCUGAAGCCCCUGCUGCAGUGCUUCAGAAUUUGAAAGCUCAAUGCUCAGUUUCCUACAACAAGAUCACAACCUUUAAUGAAGUUCAGUUUAACUACACAAUGCCAGCAAACUGCUACCACGUCUUGGCUCAGGAUUGCAGCUCUGACCUUAAGUUCCUGGUGAUGAUGAAGAAUGCAGAAGGAGCUGUGAACCUGAAAGCAAUCAACAUCAAGCUUGGCAAUCAUGAAGUCGAUAUGCGCCCUGCGAACGGACGGGUGAAGCUGCUGGUGGACGGGGCUGAGAGCCCGACAAACGUUUCACUUACAUCUGCUGGUGCUUCUCUAUGGAUCCACAGUGAAAAUCAAGGGCUUGUACUUCUCGCCCCAGUCUAUGGCAUUGAUAAACUGUACUUUGAUGGAUACACAUUCAGGAUCCAAGUUGCUUUAUGGAUGGCAGGGAAAAUGUGUGGACUGUGUGGAAAAUACGAUGCAGAAAGCAAACAGGAAUAUCGGAUGCCCAAUGGAUAUGUAGCUAAAGAUGCAGUGAGCUUUGGGCAUUCUUGGAUUUUGGAAGAAAAGCCGUGUAGAGGAGCCUGCAAGCUGCGGCGCUCCUUUGUGAAGCUGGAGAAGACGGUCCAGCUCACUGGGGUCGAGUCCAAGUGCUAUUCCACGGAGCCCGUGCUGCGCUGCGCCAAGGGCUGCUCCGCCACCAGGACUGCUCCAGUCACCAUUGGCUUCCACUGUCUCCCUGCUGAUUCAGCUACCAGCCUGACAGACAAGCAGAUGAAGUUUGACCAGAAGUCAGAAGAUAUACAGGACACUGUUGAAGCACACACAGCAUGCUCUUGUGAGGAUGAAGACUGCAGUACAUGAAGCUGUACAUUUGCAGCAUAGGAAAAAAUAGAAAUACUUUCAUGUUUUUAUUGUGUGGUGUAAAAAGCCUUGUCUUAAGGAAUAAUAGAGAUGCUAAAUUAAGUACUUCAGCAUGUUGGAAUCUUUCCAAGUAAUUUAAAGUAUUAAACUUUAUUAUUGUAGAAAGUGUUAUGAUUACCCAUAAAUACCUGAUUUCAUAAUAAAUCCAUGCAUGGAAAAAAUG